AUGGCUACCCCUAGUGUCCUCGCUUUUGACGCUGAGGGUAGGGCCAUUGACUUAGACGUCUGGAUAGAUGACCUGCAGCUUUUCUUACAAUGCGAUAGGGCAGACGGACUCUCUCUCUUUGACCUCACCUCUGGUGCCUCUCCUGCCCCUGCUGCUGAUGCUGACGCCACUCUUCGCUCAUUGUGGGCCAUGCGCGAUGCUGCUGCACGUCUUGCUGUGCGUCGCCACCUGCCUACCUCUGAGCGUGCGCACUUUAGCCAGUACAAGAGUGCUCAGACCUUGUACAACGCUGUAGUUGCACGCUAUUCCUCCCCUGCCACUGCUGCACUGAGCCGCCUCAUGCUACCGUACCUCUUUCCUGACCUUGCUACCUUUCCCACAGUCGCUGACCUCAUUACGCACCUCCGCACUAGUGACACUCGCUUCCGCGCUGCGCUUCCUGCUGAAUUCUGCGCCAAGAACCCCCCCCCCAUGUACAUCGUUCUCUACUACAUAGUCACCCGCCUCCUUGACCCCCUUCAUGUAGUCAGGGACCACCUCCUCUCAGUCUGUCCCACCACUCUCACUGUUGACCUCCUUGAGAAGGCCCUCUUGGCAGCGGAGAAGAGCAUAGUCGCUGUAGGAGCGUCUCGUGGUGACCCUCGCACCCCCAUCUUUGAGGGUCGGUCGGUGCGGCGUCUACCCCUAGCGGGAGACGUCGCUCUGGCAAGGGCAAGGGGGGCAAGGGCACUGGAGGGGCUAGCGGGGGCGGUGGAGGAGGCGGUGGAGGCGGCGGAGGGAGUGGGGGUGGCGGUGGGGGUGGCAGCGGGGGUGGAGGUGUCGGUGGCGGCAGUGGAGGUGGAGGCGGCGGCGGCGGUAGCGGUGGGGGCGGAGGUGGCGGAGGUGGAGGCGGUGGAGGAGGCGGUGGCGGAGGAGGUGGAGCUGGUCGGGGUGGCGCUGCGCAAAAGGCCGGCUCCGGUGGUGGUCAGCGCCAGCAGCAGCAGCAGCGCUCUUGUGACAUCCCCCCCCCCUCACCAGCUCCGUGAGUGGUACGCUGCACGUCAGCGGGGUGGGGGUACUGGUCCGUGCACCUACGUCCUACGCACCGGCGACCGCGCAGAUGAGCAGUGUGGGCGUGCACACCCCACCCAACGCUGCUUUGGCCGCCUGACGAACGCUUGGCAUCACCAGUUCCCGAAGGCCACUGAGAUCCCCUACUGGGGUGAGCUGUCUAGGGCUGGAGUAGCUAUCUUUGAUCUCGAAUUUGAUGCUAUUCUUGCUGCCAUGUAUGCUGUGACUAUUAGUGAUGAGGGUGACUGUUACCGGUGUUUUCCGCCCGACCCGGGUAUUGGGACUGCUGCUUUAGGUACUGGUGAGGCUGUUGCUCUAGGUGCUAGCGAGGCUACUGCUCUAGGUGCCAGUGCGUCUGCUUCCUCAGGUGCUGGUGAGUCUGCUCUCUCAAGUACCGCGUGGGCUUCGGCCUCUCUCACUUUUACUCUUGAGUCCCGGGCUUCUCGCUCCUUCUUUCGAGACCGCACCACACUCGCGCCGCUUAGUCAGCUAGUUGCAGUCUCUCUGGCAUACCCCUCAUGGGGUCCUGUCCUUUCUCACUUCUCCACUGUCCUCCCGUGUCCGGCGGCCCCCUCUGGCACCUUAUCUGGAAUUUACUUCCCCUCGUUCUCUACGAACUUGGUGAGUGGUGCUGACCUACAGGAUGCGGGGGUUCACCAGUUCACUCCUGCGAGUCAGCGGGUGACCCACUCCACGGAGGCUCGCAUAGGCCGGAACAUGGCCACGUUUACACGUCGGCCGGGGUCGAGCCUGUACACACUGACCACUGAGUCUCCUCCUGUCACUUCGUCUGGUCAGGUAGCUGCGUCGGGUCAGGUGUUUGCUGCAGCUUCCAGGUCUGGUCCUGAGUCUGCCCCCUGCUCGUGUCGCCUCCUGUCCUACGAGACUCUCCUUUGGCACCACCGUCUUGGUCACCCCUCCCUGCUUCGUCUCCGAGGCAUGGCCUCCAAUGUCCUUGUGUGUGGUCUUCUCCGGUCCCUCCCUCCCCUUCCUCUGGGGCCUGGCCCCACCUGCGUCCUCUGUGUUGAGGGGCGGCAGCGGGCUGCCCCUCACUCCUCCCAGUUUCCUCCGACAGAGGCCCCGCUGCAGAUGCUUCACAUGGACGUGUGGGGCCCGGCCCGCGUCCGUGGACAGGGUCACAAGUGCUACUUCUUGCUGGUGGUUGAGGACUACUCGCGUUACACCACAGUCUUCCCCUUGCGCAGCAAGAGUGAUGUCACUGAGGUGUUGAUCGACUGGAUCCGUGCAGCUCGUCUCCAACUCAAGAGGAGCUUUGGCUUGGACUUUCCUCUUCUGCGUCUGCACUCUGACCGAGACGCAGUCGAGCCUGUCGAGGUUACUGGUCACUCUGGUGCUGCUGGGGGUGGUGAGCCUGGGGGUGCUAAGCCUUGGGGUGCUGACUCUGGGGGUGCUGAGCGUGUGGGUGCUACGCCUGGGGGUACUCGGCGUGCGGGUGGUACUACUAGGGGUGCUGAGCCUGGGGGUGCUGCGACUAUGGGUGCUGAGUUUUGGGGUGCUGUGCCUGGGGGUGCUACGCCUGGGGGUGCUAAGCCUUGGUGUGCUACGCCUGGGGGUGCUGAGCAUGGGGGUGCUACGUCUGAAGCUGCUGAGCCUGGAGGUGCGGAGCCUGCGGCCGCUGGGCCUGCUCGUGUGGCGUCUGGCGGUGCUGGGCCCGGAGGUGCUCGUACUGGGAGUACUGGAGCUGCUGGGCCUGCGGGUACGACUAGAGCUGGAGGUGCUGAGGAUGUUGGCGCUGAGGCUACUGCUGUCAGUCCUGGCGGAGGUCCUGCUGGGGGUGCUCCUGGUGCUGUUGGAAGUACUACAGCUGGAGGUGCUGUUGGCGCUGUGUCUGGAGUCGCCGCGCGGCCUCGGCCGUACUUCGUUCCGCUCCUUCAGCAGGUUCUUGGUCCUCCUCCUUCCUUAGAGUGUCCACAGCCUGUCCAAUCACAGUCACAGCUACCGCCAGCCUCCCCACUGCCUGCUCUUUCUCCCUACACUGGUCCUACUGGAGGUCUUGUUGAGCGUCGUGAGCCUGCAUCUCGUCCUGCGUCGCCUGUUCGUGCUGGUCGCACUAGUGGUCGCGGUUCGCGUCAGCGUCCUCCUCCUGUCCCUGGCACGCACCGGAUGUCCUUGCGUCCGUCCACUGCUCCUCUACGUGUCCCUUUGCCUUCUCCUCCUAAGUCUUCUCUUUCUCCUCUUGCCGACCCAGAGUCGGACUCUCUUCGUGCUGCCAGUCCUACUGUCACGCGUCUCCUUGCUACUGUCGUCACUAACCCUUCCUUUGAGUCCACUGCUGCGUCUGCCCUAGUUGCUGAGCUCGUCGACUUUGCUGCUCGCUGUCGUCUAGACUACGCUGCUAGUCUUGUUGCUGAGUCUGCGUCUGUCUGUCCUCCGUCCGUCGGGGGUAAGUGUGCUCUUGGCAGAGAUGUCCUUGAGGACAGGCAGGAGGAGUUCCAGUGUCUGGCAGCUGCUUCACCUCAUCUCGUGUCCGUACUGCUUACCCCUGAGGGAGACCCGGAUGCACUUGACAUCCCGACUCCGCGUUCUUACGCGGAGGCCGUAGAGGGUCCCUACUCCUCUUAG